CAUUUCCCACCAAUAUGAACCUAUCUGCAGUACGAAAGUGCCUUUCAUGCUACUGAAAGCAAUUCACACAAGCCAAGUGGGCUGCCGAGAUUACAUGUACAAGCCUUACAAGGCUCCGUGUCGCGAAGACCACGACCACAAGAAUAUGCGGCUCAAAAGACCCAUGUCACCACAUUUGACCAUUUAUGCGCCGACCUUGCCUGCUAUGACUUCAAUAGCGCAACGCAUAACUGGUACAAUCCUAACGUUUUACACCAUAAUGUUGUCUGGUGGCGCACUGUUCCUGUCCAAUGGCAUCGACAGCAUCGUAUCAAUCAUACAAAGCCUGAACUUAAACAGCUUUCUCAUAUUUAUUCUUAAGAUUAUGAUAGGUCUCCCAUUCGGCUACCAUUAUUUCUGUGGCAUUCGCUUUUGUUUGUUUAACAUAGGCAAGAUUCUGGAUAAAUCAUCGGUGUACAAGACUGGUUAUCAGGCCAUUAUAGCUGGAGGCAUAUUGGCGGUGUUGUUUGCUUUGCGCUAACUUUUAUUUAGACAUGUUAACUU